AUGACUCCUAUACUCAUAGAUAACGUCGGGAUUCUUUCUUGUGGCUCUCCAGGUACGUCCUCAUUCUUCUUAAUCACCAAAUGGCGUGAAGCCCAAGUAAAAAACACCCUUCCACCGGAGGCUCAAGAAGUAGCGAAAUGCCUUUUGACAGGAGAAUCAGCGACUGAGUCUCCGGUCUAUCUCUGCCAUGUCUUCCAUGAAUGUUACUGGAGCAAUCACCCUAUGCUAUCGUGUCUCGAAUGGGCGUGGGGGAUGAAAUAUGAUACCAUUCAAAUGGAUGUAGACACGAACAUGAUAUCGCGUGCGUACUUCCUGUGGGACCGCUGGGAUCGAUUUCCUCUUCAUGAGGGCAAUGUUCCUUCGAUCGAGGGCAUGUACGACGGUGCGGAUAUUUUUGAGUACCGUUUAGUGCCACUACUCUCCGAUCUUCCACCCGUUUCCCGUUGCAACAAAGCUGAACAUGUUUCGGAGGGGAAGAGGGAUGAUACUGCAGGCGCCUCCGUCUUUUCGUAUCCAUUCGACACUCUACCGCCAAUUUUCUCAAGAGCCAAGCCUCACUUUGUGGUAUGCGAUGCUGGCAGAAAGCUCGACGUGGUUUCCUACAAAUGUUGCACCACCACUUCUGCUAUGGCUCGUAUCUAUGGAGUCCCCCAGAAAACGGCCAACCUCGCGAAGUUGGUUGUGCUUCAAACAUUUCGCAUAUGGAAUGACCAUGUUCACCCUGCGACGUUUGUGACUUCACCUCGAACAAAUGAUUCGAGGUCGCGCUCUGGUCUCAUUAGGCCCGGCCAACCGAACCCUGCAUCACAGCGUGUUAGCCGUCCAAAGAAGCGAACCAGGACGACUGGCGAGGUGAUGGACGCGGUGUGCCCGCAGUCGAAUGUUGUUCGAUAUGUGACCUGCCUCUCGCAUGUCUCUCCAUGUGGAUCGGAUGCUUUGAUUGUAGGGGAUUCUGGAUGGGAUACCGAAGAUACUGAGGUGUACGCAGAAUUUGAGAGGAAACAGGUCCGCCGCGCGAUCAAAGCCUCGAAACGGUGGGUCAGGGACUGUGAACGGGAGGCUCAAUCAUCGGGUGGGUGGAUAUCUUGUGUCACCGACGAUGAACAGGUGAAGAGCUAUCGUCAAGAGCCGGCUCGAAGAAUGAUUUCAACGAUGUGA